AUGAGGAAGCAAGCACGGAAGGACAAAGAAGGUCUCUGCAAGGAGUGUUUGGAGCUAGUUAGGCUCGCGAAAUCAAACUCGGAAUGUAGACCAGAUGGAAAGAGAUUAGACUUCGAGAAUAGGGAUACAUUUGAGUGUCGAUUCAAGGAGUGUUGGGAAAUCAUAAAGGAAAAUGAGGGCUUGACUUUGGAUGAUGUCUAUUCCCCAAAUACAUGUAGUAACGAUGAUGAUGACGAAGAUGAUGAUCAUAUAGAAGCUGACAAUUCAAUAUUGGGAAAACGGAAGGCACAAGCAGAAGAGAUUGGAAUUAGUGACGACGAUGAUGAUGAUGAUCAUCUACAAUUUCAGAAGUCUAUAUUACAAAAGAGGCAGAAGGUAGAAACAAAAUUUAUGGGAUGGGGAUCAGAACCUCUGAUUGGGUUCCUCAAAUCCGUUAAGAAAGAUACAAGCAAGCAAUUAUCACAACGUGAGUUGGGAUCUGCAAUCUACGAGUAUGUCAUGGAUAGACACCUUCUUGAGUACACAAAUAAGAAGACAAAGGUUAGAUGUGACUGGAGGCUGAAUAAAAUUUUCAGAAAGGAAGAGGUAGAUGUGGUCGAUGUGUUUAGUUUUCUGGAUCAACAUUUGAAGAAUGUUGAAGGAACCUGUUAUGCAGCUAUAGUAGCUAAUAACAUGAAGCUUGUCUAUUUGAGAAGGAGCUUAGUGGAGAAGUUGAUGUUGGAGCAGCCCGAAAGUUGGGAGAGAAAGGUGGUGGGAAGCUUUGUGAGAGUGGAAAAUGCUGAAGGAAAUAAGUCAAAUAACUCCUCUGAUCACAAACUCAUACAAGUUAAGGGCAUUAUUAACAAAAAUGAAGAGACUUUUCUGGAACUAAUUGGAAGAGAGGAUCCAAUUUCGGUUUCUCUGCUAUCGGAUUGCGACUUCACUAAGGAAGAAUGUGAGGAUUUGCAACAGAGCCCGGAAAUUUGCCUGCUUAGGAGACAUACAGUUGCGGAGAUUGGUCAAAAGGCAAGAGAGCUACAUGAAGAUAUAACCAAGGAUUGGAUUGAAAGAGAGUUGGUCCGGCUAGAGGAAUGCAUUGCUCAUGAGAAAAGGGAGAACAGAUGGAUCAGUGGAGAGUGGAGACUUAAGUGGGUAUUGGCGCAAGAUAGAUAUGCUACAACAACCAGCUGA